ACGAAUCACUAUCUCACUGUUCUAGAGAGAGAGGGUUGGUCGUGGUGGCGGCGCGGCGGCGUGGGGCUGAGGAAGGGGAGAAGAGGGGGUAGGGUAGAGAGAGAAAGUUGAGAGAGAGGGUGGGGGAGGGAGAGAUGUCAGACCUAGACCGGCAAAUAGAACAGCUGAAGAAGUGCGAGCCUCUCAAAGAGUCGGAGGUGAAGGCUCUCUGCCUCAAAGCCAUGGAAAUCCUCGUCGAAGAGAGCAACGUUCAGAGAGUCGAUGCUCCUGUCACUAUAUGCGGUGACAUCCAUGGGCAGUUUUAUGACAUGAAAGAGCUUUUCAAAGUAGGAGGUGAUUGCCCGAAGACCAACUACUUGUUUCUUGGAGAUUUUGUUGACAGAGGAUUUUAUUCUGUUGAGACAUUUCUACUCCUACUUGCCCUGAAGGUUAGAUAUCCAGAUCGGAUAACUCUUAUUAGAGGAAACCACGAGAGUCGUCAGAUCACACAGGUGUAUGGAUUCUACGAUGAAUGUCUACGAAAGUAUGGAUCCGUCAAUGUUUGGAGAUAUUGCACAGAUAUAUUUGAUUAUCUGAGUCUGUCAGCUCUCAUUGAAAAUAAGAUUUUCAGCGUACAUGGUGGUCUCUCUCCUGCCAUUACAACUCUGGAUCAGAUACGAACAAUUGAUAGGAAGCAAGAAGUACCUCAUGAUGGUGGCAUGUGCGACCUACUAUGGUCAGAUCCUGAAGAUAUCGUGGACGGUUGGGGUUUAAGUCCGCGUGGUGCUGGCUUCCUCUUUGGUGGCAGUGUUGUUACUUCAUUUAACCAUGCAAACAACAUUGACUAUAUAUGUCGUGCCCAUCAGUUGGUAAUGGAGGGGUAUAAAUGGAUGUUUAAUAACCAGAUAGUAACUGUCUGGUCAGCACCAAAUUACUGUUACAGAUGUGGUAAUGUAGCUGCAAUUCUUGAGCUGGAUGAAAAUCUUAACAAGCAGUUUCGUGUUUUUGAUGCUGCCCCACAGGAAUCAAGAGGGGCGCCUGCCAAGAAACCUGCACCAGACUACUUUCUCUGAGAUUUGUUAAGCUUGCCUGUUAUUAUCCAAGAGCCUAAUUCGUGAACAAUCUAUGCAGACCCAAGCUGGAUGGAGAAUGUCUCACGUGGAAAACAAAAAUUUACGGGUGAGCGUUUGUGUUUGACUCCUCCAACGACCGGAGAAGGCUGUUCUUUUCUGUUCGUCGCCGGUUUGGAUUGUUGGGUUUGCUCUUCUUGUAUGCCUGCUGCUUCUACCAUUUUUCAUUUGGUAUUUGUAAGAGUAGUGUGCAUUGGCUAGCCUGUCGUACGAAUUAUUGAAUCAUUUUCCUUGUGAUUGUCAGAGCAGGGAGAAACAAAGGGUCUCGGAAACAGACGCUUUUGCUUCUAUCCGUUGGAACUGAAUAGAAAGAUUUGAUUGAAUUAGGGACAAAGGGUAAACAGUUACUUUUGUCCUCGUGGGCAAUAAAAGCUCUCUAUUAUUA